AGAAAAGAGCUCGGGAACAAAUGUACAUUGUCAUAUGUGUUCGUCGCAGCUAAUUCAGCACCAUUACAGUUCUCACUUCUCUUAAAUCAAUAGCAGCUGACGUCAGAGUUGUAGCCGGUGGGGCGCUAUCAGAGAAGUGAGGGGGGACAGUGCACUUGAUGUAACUUGGCUAGUAGUGUCAUGUAUCGCGCAAGUGGUUUAGCCAACUGUCUCAUGUUUUGUGACCAUUUGCCGCUUGAUUUGGCGUAAGAUCCAAAAUAUCGACUCGGGAUACUUUCCAGCUAAUUCAAAUGGAUUCACCCAGUGCGGUUCGAGUUUUUCUUAGUUCGUCGUCUAACUAACGUGUUUAGUGGCCUUCACCGGUUUAUUAGUGUUGACAUUGAAGGUCUUUCCACGCCAAGACUGCAAAAGGCCAGUGGGGGUCAACUAUUCGAAUUUUUAUUAAUCGCAUCUAUUCACUGAUGCAGAAUUCAUUUCUGAAUGCUUCCUCAUUGAGACACAUAUUCUGGUUGCCGGGAACUGAGGAAAUCUGAGGCAGAGGAACCCAUUUGCACUCGUUCUUGGCUUUUGCCAGUUUCACCACGAGAAAACGGUCUCAAAAUCAGUAUUCCAAAAUUGCUGCCAUGGGUCGUAAGAAAAUCCAAAUAUCCAGAAUUACAGAUGAACGGAAUCGUCAGGUGACAUUCAAUAAACGCAAAUUUGGAGUAAUGAAGAAGGCUUAUGAGCUCUCGGUACUAUGCGACUGUGAGAUUGCUCUGAUCAUUUUCAGCAGUAGCAACAAGUUGUAUCAAUAUGCCAGUACGGAUAUGGACAAGGUACUCUUGAAGUAUACGGAAUACAAUGAACCACAUGAGUCUCUCACCAACAAAAACAUUAUAGAGGCACUUAAUAAGAAGGAGCAUAAGAACGGAGUGAUGAGUCCUGAUAGUCCAGAACCAGAGACCGAGUACCAGCUGACACCCAGAACUGAAGCUAAGUACACGAGGAUAGAUGAAGAAUUCCAGAUGCUUAUUCAGAAGAACCAGAUGAAUGGGCAGAGGGUGAACAUGGGAUCCAAUUACAAUCAGCCAGUGUCGGUUCCUGUGAAUAUCAGUUAUAACGAUAGUGGCCUCCUUCAAUCUAGUCCCCAAAUGGCUCACACCAGUAUAAGUCCUCGGCCAUCAUCUUCUGAGACCGACUCUGUGUACCCAAGUGGCGCCAUUUUAGAGAUGAGCAACGGUUAUCCAAAUUCUGCAUCACCAAUGGGAGGUUCACCUUCGCCAGGACCUAGUCCUGGUCCUGGCAUGAGUUCCUCCAAACAUCCCAAACAGCAUUCUCCUGUGUCUAGAUCAAACCUUCGAGUUGUUAUACCGACUCCUUUAGGCCAUGGUAUCAAUCAAGAUGAUGUGGUUUAUAGUGAGCACUCUCGAACGCAGUCUUCAUUGAACACACCAGUGGUGGCAUUGCAAACACCGGGCUUAUCUUCUAAUUACUCAGGUUCAUUAAGUUCAUCGUUUGCCCCACAAGAUUUUAGUAUCGGUACCGAUAUGGGAUUGGGUAUAUCAUGGGCAAGCCAUCAGAUACCCACUUCACUAGCACACACAAGUGGCCUACCGCAUCUUGCAGUAUCUAGCAGUACCCCACCGCCUCAGUCCUCGUCACCUGUACCGAUUAAAAUCAAAAGUGAACCGAUUUCACCUCCUCGGGAACAUCAUACGCAUUUGAGUGCAGCAGUGCAUCAUGGCCACAUACAAAAUCUUAAUCUAGCCCACAGUCACCAUCCGAGGCCGAACUCUGCUGGUCAGAUAGUCUCAACGCCUGGAAGUGUCACACCUACGAACUUACCAUCCCCUUCGGGGCCUUCGAGUGGUGACUACGAAACGGUACAGAUGCACAAGAGACCGAGGCUGACAGAUUGGCCUUCUUAAUUUUCACUCCGCCCAUAACACUUAAAAGUGCCAUAGUGCGGUUUAGGUUUAAAUACUGAAGAUGAGUCUAUUGCCAAUUGUCAUCCUUUGUGAUAAACUUUGAGUCUAGUUGAACAAUAAUUAUUAAAUUGAAAUUUAUAAGCAAAAAAUUAUUUUCUAUAGCAAAGAGGAUAUUUGGGAAUUGGUUAGUGUGGUGCGUUUUUACGUAUUUUAUGAUUUUAGUCGAUUACGUAUUCAUUUAUUGAACGAUUGGUCAGGAACAGUGGUUAUUGUAACUUCAUCAAUUAACAUCACAUAUGUAUAACAAAAUGACUAUGAAGUACAAUUAUAAACUUAAAUACUUAAUCCGUCAAUAUAAAAAACACAAAUUUACAUCAAAUACUUCUAAGACAAAUUUAUACAUAGCCAAGUUGUAAUGUUCCUGAGUUCCUUUUCAGUCCCUUCGAAAAGACACUUUCACCCAGAAGUUUUCAAAUAAUCUUUAAUGUUUCACAGUUCUAUUUGAAAAAGAAUGUUUAUUGUUCACAAUAUUAUUUUAUGCAAUUUCUGUAUAUACAGUUUUAUAUUAUACCUAUCUAGUCUGUUCAAGAUUUUCAAAUUUAGUUUGAAAAUUUUUAUUGUAUAUGAAUUUCGGGAAGAAAUACUUAUAAUUCAUUGACAAAUUUCAUUUCUAUAUUAUAUAGAUAUUCUGUACCAGUGAUACAAAAACCAAGUGCAAUGUUAACUUAUAACACGAUAUUUCAAAAAAAGGACCAUUAAAUUUAAUGCCAUUGACGUUUGAGAAAUUUUAUGAAAGUUGAAAUUUAAUUGCUUCUUAAAGAUAGGGCCGUUUUUUUUCUGUUGACAAAAUAUUUUCGCAUUUUCGGCUGUGCAAUAUGAAAUUUGCAAAAUUAUCUUUUUUCAUGUUGCAUAUGUUGGAAAUGAUCUGAUUAAAAUUUUACUGAACUUAAAGCAGUUUUGUUUGGGAGAACGCCCAGCUUGAUAGUUAUUUGUGAACUUUUUUUAUGUAGAAAGACCUGAUUAGUUUCUUCCAAUGUCGACUUUCGGCAUUGGUUUUUUUGUAACUGGAGGCCCCCUUGGAAUAACUUUUAUCAAAAGUUAUGAUCACAACUGUCAAUAAUAGCCUUUUUCAUUUAGAAUUCCAGUGUGAGACUGAUAUGGGAAAUUCGUGAGGUCUUUCAUGUAGAAAUGUACUGUUGUUACAAAAGCUCUUGUAAAUAAUUUUAGUGGUAAAUAUUCCAAAAAUGAUUUCUUUCUGAUAUUGCAACUUAGUGAGGAGUAUUGUCCAAAGCAUCUUCAAAUCAAUUAAACCAAAAUCAAACACUUUUGAAACGAGAUUAUUUGAUAAUAAUCUAGAUUUACCUGAUACGUAAUCGCUUCAAGUUCUUAUCAGAAACAAGCAUAAAUAUAGUGCCAUUAUUUUCAUGUAAUAAUUAGGAUUUUUUAUAAAUGUUUUUAGGCAAAUAGGAUAUUAUUUAUAAUAUACACUUGUUAAUUUAGCGAGGAUGCAUCCACUAACACUUGAAGAGUAUGCAGGAAGUUACUUUGAAAUAUAAAUAUUGGUGCUUAUCCAACUGAUUAUCGGAUGUACUGUCUGUCCUUUGGCUGUCGACACGGAAGACCCACUAUUAUUUCGAUCAGAAAAAUUACUCUCGUAUUCACCACAAACCUCCUGGCAACCUCAAAAAUCAUAUUUUCCAACAGAAGAUGAAAUAAUAAUAGUCCAUUCGUUUCAGAACAAAAUUAUAAAUGUUGAAGGAUAUAUAUUAUCUGUUCACUAUGCAUAAAUAUUUGUAGUGUUGACAGCCAUAAUAUUUGGAUUUCACCAUCUUAAUUAUUAGUGUUGAGUAUUUAUUAAAUAAUCAACAUAAAAUUAACUAAAAGGUAAUAUUUUACCAGACACUGCCAUAAAGUAUAUUUUACAAUUGACUUAAAGUAUGAUGGUCUGGUUUGUUAGUGCUGAUCCUCACAAAUUUUUAUGCAUAGUGGUUCGAUGUAUUUGAUGUUUUAUCCUGCUUUGAAAUAUACCAGGAGCAUUGUGUAAUAUGUUGAAACACUCAUUGUUGAUUGUACAUUGGGUAUUGUAAGAGCUGUGUGGUCUAAAAUGUCGUCUGUAUAUGUAUAUGUACUACUUCCCUGAAGAACAUAGUGUUCAUUGUUGUAGCCUUUUCAAUUCGUUUGAAAUUUUCAUAGUAUGAUAUCUAUUCUGUAUAUUGACAUAAAGAAAAAUUAAAAUUAUAUAGUUAUACAUGGAUAUAUGAACAUAUAUUUUAUCUACUGUUGUGUGCACUAUCCUUGCACAUAGUUUUAAAGUUAAAUUCCAGUAUCUGGACUGGAUAAGUCCGUUUAGUCGGAUGACCCUAUCUCCACUGAACUAUUGUAGAAAUGCCUUACUCACAGUGCCUCAACAGAAUGUAUAUCUCUAAUUAUGUACACAUACAUCAACUGAUAUUCAAAGAUGUCAUUGUAUUCUUUGAUUUUCAGAGACCUAAAAUUCUUAAUGAAGGCUAUGUAUUUAAGUUAAUUGAGAUUUAUGUAGGCAGCUAUCUGAAAUGCACCUCAAGAAAAUGUAUUUGAUGAAAGGAAAAUUGUUCAUUAAAAUUUCCUAAAUUAGUUUUUUAUCAGCUUCAUGUAUUGGAGAAACACAGUUAUACAUAGCUUUUUUUACCAAUUGAGGGCAUCUCGGAAUUAUUCAUCAUGUGAAAAAGCCGUUCUGAUUCAAUUUUGUCAACAACUCACAGGGUAUUGUUCCAUUAUAUGUACACUUCACUCUGCUGAACAACCUCUGCUUGUGCCUUCUCAUUAUUCCGAAUACCUUUUCAAACCCCCAAUUCGGCUUCCGUGUACUGCACCCCCAACCUUCAUGUCGAUCAAGAAGGAUAUUAUAUUGAGACAUUAUUUUAUUUGUCAUCGCUGAGUUGGAAAAUGUUUCCGCCUUAUUUUAAAUGGACGAAAUACCCUUUUGCUAAAUAUAUAUGUAAUAUAUAACUAUAGUUUAACUUUGUUAGAUGAGUAGAACCAUCGUCUGAAUUAAUUACAUUGGACAGGGAUUCUUUAUUGCUUAAUGAAUGCAGCAACUUUACCAUACUGAAACCUUUAUCAUUUCAAUUUUUUUCCUGCUGAUCUCUUUGACUUUUCAACAUGAUAGAUGUCCGAAGACAUUACACACAUUACUUAAAUAUACUGACAUGAUAAUUUUGUUUUAGACCGAUGUGAUCUCGAAAAGACAUAGCUACUUAUUGAAGAGGUAUUCUACCAAUGAAUAAACGAAAAAUCGAUUGAGUACAAAAAAAAGCAAGUAACUCAAUAGUAAUUCGUAACUCGAGUUUGACAGGUACAAUUCUUAUGGCCUUUAUCUAAAACAACUGGUUUUUAUUCUUUUUAGUUAAUUUAGUUUUCAGUUUGGAUUUGAAUUCAUCCAUAGCAUAUAUUACGUCCAUUAGACGUCGGCAUUUUCAAUCAUGUGCAAUAUUAAUCUGAUCGUUUAUUUAUCAAUAAUAAUGUAAUGAAUUUAAACCAAAUAAAAUUGUUUGUUACA